UCUAUUUAUAGUGUCUCAGAAGAUGGCUAGUGAUAAGUAGGAGGAUUGUUUCUUUAUUUAUUUAAUCCGAAAUUUUUUCAAGGGAAACAAUGCAGAACUAAAAACGCAGGGCGUAAAUAAACAAUAAUCAUGUCUGAAGGCGAAGAAAAGACCCCUGAUGAACAAGGAAUUGCGUUACCAACCCAAGCAACUGCAAAUGAGCUUAUCGAACCAGAACCUAAGUCCGAAAGUCCACAAUCUAUAGCUUCCCCGGAUACUAAAGCCAAAUUUAAUUCUAAAGGUGCUUAAAUUGAUUUUUAAAAGGUUUUGCUCUACACUUUUACUAGUUUUACCACAAAUUGUAGUGAAGUACAAUCAAGUCUUCAUACACUUAUUUGACUUAUAAAUAUUAUUAACAUACUCAUACACUCUUCUUGGUCUAAUUUAUGUCCGGUUACCUUCUUCUACACUUCUUUAACUUUUUGGCCAUAAUUCCUUACUACUACGCUAAUGUUUUAAAAAUUAAUAGUAACCAAUUUGUAUUAUUAGUAAGGAGUCUUUACUCUUUACUUUAACUUUUAGCUUAAUUUUCUGAAUUUCUCUGAAAAUAAUCAGACUAAAACUAAUACUAAAGGCCCACUAAGUCUAAAGCAACUGCAGGCAACAAAGACUUGAUAAAUUGCAAGUAUUAAGACAAGUUAAAAAAAAAUAAGACUUAAGGGCUAUCCAUAAACAAUGUCACACUUCUAAAGGGGUGGGGGUGGGUGGGCAAGAAUUUGUGAUGAUGUGUGAGUGUCACUUAAGUGUGCUACUAAAAGUAUCUAAUUUGUGUUACAAUUUCUUUUACAACGGGGUUGUGUUUGUUGUUAUUAAAAAUUUGCCAAAUUUUUGUGACGUUCUAUAUAGAUGUCCCCUGACUCUGACAGAAUCAGGCCCAACUGAAUAAUCCACAUUUCAUCUACUGAAUUUUACAUAAAUUUAGCAAGAAUCAUUCAUAAUCAUAGUCAGCCAAGCUUUUCAAGGUUGUGUAAGUGCUAGUUGUGAUUUCAAGUUGAUGAAAGUAAAGUAAGAGUAAAGACCAAAGCAAGUUUAUAUAUAUUUUAUAUAUAUCGGUGUAUAUAUAUAUAUAUAUAUAUAUAUAUAUAUAUAUAUAUAUAUAUAUAUAUAUAUAUAUAUAUAUAUAUAUAUAUAUAUAUAUAUAUAUAUAUAUAUGAGGGAAAAACAGUAUACUCACUUUUGACACGUUUUUUAAAGUUUUUUUAUUUAAUAAUAAAUGUAAAAUAAAAGAGUUUCUGAUAAAUGCAAUUUUUAAGCUAUUUUAUGUAUAUUUUAAACUAUGUAAUUGAGUCUUUUCUUUCAGUGGAUAUUCUUCUAAAGCCAGCCGGAGAUGCUCCUAUUAUGAAAAAAAAGAAAUGGACUGUUGACAGGACAAAAAAGAUUUGCUGGGUUUCAGAUUUCAUUAAAAAAUACAUAAAGAAUGAACCAUCAGAAUCAUUGGUAGGUGGAUAAACAAAGAGUGGAUCGGCAAUGUGUUAAAUUUUUAUUGUUGUUAAAAUGAACUAAAACUCAUGAGUUUAAUGCACAGGAACAAGGAUUCAUUUCUACCUUCAAUGCUUUUUUUAUAGGAGAGAUUUUUUCCAUUCAUAUUUUAUGAAUGUAGUGAAUAAAAUGCUUUUUGUAAAUUUUUAAUUAAAGAAAAUUAAACAGUUAUUCUUUUUUGAAAAUGAUCUCGGUUAAAAAUAAAACAGAUGACAUAGAAUUGUCUAGCAUGGGUGGUUUUUAAGAGGUUUGUAACUCACAUAUAAGGAUGGGGUCCUUGUUUUUGUAAUGGGUAACUUACGGUGGGCAAUCCAUUUUAAAACAUUAAAAUAUUAUUCUUAGUUUCUUUUUUUACAGUUUUUAUAUGUAAACCAGUCAUAUGCACCAUCUCCAGACACAGAUAUAGGAUCUAUAUUUGAUGUAAGUAAAUGGGGUACAGUACUUGGUCAAAGAAAGCUACGAAUGGGAUUUAUUACACUAAGAGAGGACAUUUGGAAAUUCACACCAAAUUUUAAUAUAUUAUUGUGUAACAUUACAUCAAUUUUCUUCUGGCUGGAAGCAUUAAAAUGAAUUCCUAAAAAAAUAUGUUGAAGACAUUUUGAACUUAUUUCAUUCAUAAGAAAUUUGGUAAUAUGAGUAAUUUAAUAUCCAAAACAUUGGUGGAAGGUUCACAUUGCAAAGGCUUUAGUGUUUAAGGUAAAUGUUAUGUCUCUCUCUAGAUAAUUUUCUAUCUUCAUUGGGUAAAAUAAAAAUCACACCACAUUAUGCCUAAAACUAAUCAAUAAUUUGUUUAUGCCUAAACUCUAACUCAGAAGCAAGACAAAAUUAUUUUUCCUUAAACACCAAACAUUGUAAGCACUCUAUACAUUUUGUAAUAUUUUUUCUUUGCCUAAGUAACUUAAAAUAAUUUUAUAUAAAAAUUAUGCUUAAUGUAUUUACUGAUUUUGCUUCUUUUAACAGUGUUUCGGAAGUGAUGGCAAACUUGUACUUCAUUACUGUCGGACACAAGCCUGGGGAUAAGUUUUUCAUAUAAUUUUAUUUUAAAAAAGAUAUCUUGGGUAUAUUUCAACUUCCCUUCCAUUCUGCAUUGCUGUUAUUGAACUACUGUGGAUUAUUUUUUGCUGACAAUAAAUUUUUUUUUUCAUCAGUAAGUUGGGCGAGUGAAUUUUUUUUCUGAGAGAGAUCAUUUGGUCAAAGAACCCGAUCUUUUAAUCAUAAUAAUUGACAUUUGUUAUUCAACAUCCCAAGUCUUUAAUUUAUCUGUAAAACUCUCUUGAAAAUCUUUGGGUGUGAACUAUUACUGCAAGCCGACAAUUCUAACAAAACAAUAAUUAUAAUUAAUCACAAUAGAUGAAUAAUAGAACUUACAGUGUAAAGGAAUGCAAAAUUCCUAUGUUCUUUUUUGUUUUCUUUUAUAAGUAGUUUUUAAAAAAUGUAGUUAAAUUAUAUCUUUAAAAAGUACCUGUUUUUUUCAAAUGGAGUGUAACAAGUAUUCUAGUUUAUUCUGCCUGUGAUGCCAGCCUAUUUCUGUUUGAUAUUAUAGAUCUAUAAUCUUCUGAGAUUAUUUAUUAUUAAUUAAGGGAUUGUAAUGUGGGGCUGAAAUUAGUAAAAAUCCAAUACCUUACUUACAAAUAUGAUGUGGAAGUAUCCCUUCUCAUUUUUUGGAUGGUUAGCACUGGAUGUUUUUCUCAUCUAUUGUUCGGUUAAAUUUAUGUGGUUUUUUUUAAAGUUUAUUUUGUAAAAACGUGUUUGUGGAUCAACGUCUUGAUUGUUUUUAAUAUUUAUAAAAGUUUUCUUUGGUUUCAAAAAGAGAGAUACUAAAGUGCUAUAAAGUGUAAACACAAAUCGAGUUACAGAUUGCAGCUGUCCUUUGCCAGUUGGCAUGUAUGUGUACUUGGAAUAGUUUUCUCAUCUGGUGUUUAUGCUUUGUCAAUGAUUGCAAGCUUCAUGAGCCUAGAUGUAUUUAACUGUUGAGUAAAAGAUUUAUUUGAAUAUCUGCCUUGUAAUAAACAGUGAAAUUUAAUGAUUUUACAUGUAAUUGCUUUUAAUUUGAUUUAUAAAUUGAUAUAAUUUGUUGUUUAUAUUACUGCUAUAUUUUUAAAAUAAAACAAUUUGUAUAUUUAUUUUACUUAUGCUUGACUUAAAUUCUUUUUAAGAAAAUUUGACCU